AUUUCUAAGAUGGCGGCGCCCUGACAGUAGGUACAUGCUGAGAUUGUAAUAAAAUAAACUGCUGUGUUCAUCUAUUGUGACGACUGAAGUGAGGCAGGUACUUUGUUUCCUUACCAUGACUAUCCAUUCAGCUGGAAAUCUGCUUGUCAGGACCUUGAGAUUCUGCAGCUUUCUGUCUCGUAGAUGUGCAUUAACCGGUGUUCGAAGCCAUGCCACUAUCAUCCAGACAUACAGAUUUGUGCCACUGAAGGGACAGAAUGGCAUUCCCUACUGGCUCGGAAAUUGUUUGGAUUUAAAAUCAAACCGAUUCCAUUCAUCUGAAAAGACUGAAUAUCAAAAUCCUACAGCAGUAUUAGACACUGAGCCGCAGGAUGGGAGUACUUACAGCAGAGAGAUUAGUGGUGUAUCUGCUCCUUCAAUUAGUAACUUAUCAAAAACGACAAUCUCAGAAAACCUGGAGCCGCUUGAAGAGGAAUUUAUUACUGAGCAGAAAAGCCUGUCAUCAGCUACAAGAAUAAAACCUUUGGAACAAUUCCUUGGCAGGCUUCAGACAUGCACCUCCCCCAGUGAUGUGCUCGACCUAUAUAAAGAAUCCACAAUGACCUGGAAACAGGUUAGCAGUUGCCUGAUGACUAUGUGGAAGACGACCAAAAGAAUGUCAGAGGAUCAAAAGCGAUAUGAGCGGAAGCUGAUGUUUGAGCAUCCCGUCUUUGAGAAGAUCUGCCAGCAGACUUUAAGAGAAGCUCAGUUAAUGAGUUGCAUUGACUUGUCAUAUAGUCUCUUUGCUUUGGUAAAGAUUGGAGUGUCCCAGAAUAGCCGGCUCAUUCAUACCCUGCUGAGAUUGACUCAGGAGCGUCUGAACAAAUUUGAUGAGAGAGCUCUCUCAGUGCUUUCCAGUUGUUUGAAGAACAUGGAAGACAGCAGGAGUGUAAAUGCAUUGCGAGUAGGCCUCAGGCUUCUCGUAGAACUACGCAUUCCAACAAUCAGGAGAGUGAUGGCCCUGCAGACCAUGAUGAGAUGUAUUGGGCAAGGUGCCCCACUGCCUCUAAAGAAAAAGCUGGAGAACAAAGCCCUCUCCUUGCUGAAUGAGUUCACCCUUCCCAACUGUCAGUACAUGUUCGUCACUUUAGCAGUUAUGGACUACCGGUCACUCCCACUCCUAGAGGCGUGCAGUAACAGGAUUAUUGAGAAUAUCCACAGCAUCCCGUUUUGGUGCCUCGUCCACGUUUUGCAGUCGUGCAAGGAUCUCUGGUACCGCAACCCCGCCCUGCUCAGUGCGAUAGGCAACCACGUGCUGUCCAGCCUGGCGAUCUGGCAGGUUAAGCAGCUGAUUCUCUUCCUCGUGCUGUUUUCGGAGCUCAACUUUCGCCAUAUCGAGUUGAUGAAUGCGUUUGCACAUACUAUGCUGGCAAAUUCCGAGUCCUUGACUUUGAAGGAUGUGCUGUCAGUUCUUCGCGUGUAUUCCCUGCUGAACCAUCGACCAGACGAGGGAUUGAUGGAGCAAUUCCUACAGACUUUGAGUGAUGUGUUUGAAUUGUAUUUGUCGAAGUGCUCAUCACUGGAGCUUCUCCGUGGUGUUUAUUCUUUGUGUCUGAUGGGCCACUAUCCCCAGGCUGCUCUAAACCAACUGUUCCAGGACGACAUUCUGAAUGAACUUUGUUCUUCAGGCAAUGUCUACCAUGAGGCGAAUGAGCAGAUGCUUCAGGGCAUUAACCUGUGCCUGGAGUUAGAAAAUCCAUCCUUCCUCAGGCACUCAGAUAAUCACAAUGCUGCCAGUCCCUCAUUGUCCAGUCAUCCAGUGAAUGCAGAGUUACAGAAAACAGUGGACACCAUCUUGGGUGACAGCAGCCUGUAUCAGCAGGGCGUGUUGUUGAAAAACUAUCAUUUUAUAGAUUACACAAUUGCUUUUGACCAAAAGAGUAAGAAUUUGGUUCCCAUUCCUCAGGAUGAUGAGAUUGCCAGUGAGAGUAACGUACAGCGAGUGGCUGUGCUUCACGCUCCAGGAUCUGCCUUUUGCUUUGGCACAGCCCACCCCAAGGACAGGUUGGCAAUGAGGAUUCGCCAUCUCAAGUUGCUGGGGUACCAUGUGGUAUUGGUCUCAGAACAUGAGUUCGCGAAGCUCUCUGAAGAUGACCGAGUUGGCUUCCUGAAGAGUGCCAUCUUCGCUGAAUGAUUGGGUCGUGAGAGUCAGUGCCACUUGUGCUGAGGGAACAAAACAAAGGAAUUGAUCGCUCCUGGUGGCUUCAAACUCUUUGACUGGUCUCUGCUGCCAUUGCCCUCUGUGAGAACUGAUAUCCCCAACUUGAACUGAUUCAUUGUUUAUCCUGAAACUGUCAAUUCAAAUUGAUCUCCUGUUGAGACUGAAAUGUAGUGGGAUGCACUCCACUUCCUGUCUUAAUCAUGUGUGGGGCAGGUUUAAUGAAUCACUUGGCCUUCUUUUUGGUGAGAUAGUAACUUUCAUCUGGAAGCAUAGUAUCGCCCAGUCUGUAGAGCACUGCGUCUUUUAUGUUGCUCUUCAGGGUAAUGAUAAAGUCUAGUCUGAUGCCAGUGUUCAGAUUGUGUGUGCAUUCAAAUGUCCUUGUACUUGGCCUGCUGUAAAGAUGAUGUUAGUGAUUGACAUCUUCAUGUGACUGCAAAAACCUGGGAAAAGUGUGUUGCAAUGCUGUUGCAUUUCGCCACAUCUCGAAUCCCGAAACACCAUCGCACGUCCAAGAGACAGCUCCUACAUAUACGUUGAAGUCCCCCAAUACAAUGAGCUUGUCCUCCUUUGUAAUGUGUCCAGUUCCAUCAAGAAUUUGUCUCUAAUUCUCUCAGGGCUUUUAGAGCAUAUGCAUUGAUGAUUGUAUUUUGAUCUUGUGGCCCCUGUUAUUGGGUAAUACCAUGUUGAGGAGAAAGUGAGGACUGCAGAUGCUGAAGAUCAGAGCUGAAAAUGUGUUGCUAGAAAAGCGCAGCAGGUCAGGCAGCAUCCAAAGAGCAGGGGAAUCGACGUUUCGGGCAUAAGCUCUUCUUCAGGAAUCCAUAUUGAUGUUAGUACCAGGCCUGUCAGAAUCCCAACAGGAAGCUGGUUGGAUAGAUUGUAAUUUUUCUUUACUUUUGUGACCAAACUGAUCUUUUACUAUAACAUAAGCAUGCAAUAUUGCAGUUUUUGUUUUAUCAAUAAAGCCAAACAAAAGUUUGUUAACAACAGGAAUUUAGAGACUUCUCAGCACAGAUUGACCAUGAAAAUCAGAAUUUGCAAAGUUCUCCCCAUCAGCCUUCUGGGUAGUUCCCAAGGAGCUCUGGAUAAUUUUCUCUUGCUUCAGAUGAUGAAUAUUAUAGUUUUUAAAGGGGUAUUGUCGACUCCAAAUACACAGACAAACACGUAUGUUUAACUUAGAAUUGCAAGAAAUCAAAGUUGCAAAAAACCAUAUUAAAAUACAUUAGUUUAAAUCUCUUAGUUGUGUCACAGUUGUCCCAAAUGUGUUGUUUACAAGAGGUAGUCAUAUAGCCAUGAAGCAAUUGCGUUUGCUCCAACAGAAUGUACUGGUCUGUUAGCAAUGCGAGUACCCCUCUCUCGCCUGACACGUUGGCUUCCCUAAUUGGAAUCGUGCUGAUAGCUCUGUGAGCUAAUACUCCUUUGCUAGCUCAGUUUCUGCUAAAGCCUCAAUAUUGACUAUUGUAUUGCCUGAAGACCCUGACAACCAAAGUCAUUCUGCACUGGGGUGGUUCCAGAGCUGCUGUCUUAUCUAGUGGAGCUCAUAUGUUCCAAGAAGCUGUCCCUAUCACCUCCUCUUGUGGCUGAGUAUUAUUAAAGAGUACAUUUUUUUUGAAUGUUGAGAUUUGGUGGAACGUGUGUGAAAGAGUUAUUGAGGUGUGCCCACAAAGAAAGCCACCCGUGUCUCAUUUGAUUACAAUGGAGAUAGAAUGCACUUGUCCAGCCCCACUCUCUCAGUCACUGUUUCUAGUGGCAUGACAAAUGGAGGUGACUGGAGUAAUGGUUGACUGAGCAGAUGCUGUGCAAUACCUUCCCCUGUGCAGAUGAGCUGUCCCACAUGGCAGUGCUGUGAUACGUUCAGUAUUAGUAAGGCGACAUCAUUUCCAAGUUUUUGUGUCAUCUGCACAUUUAAAGUUAUCCCUAUUCUCCAAGGUCUAACUCAUUAAUAUAGAUCGGGAAGAGCAAGAGUCCUAACACCGACUCUGAAGGAACUCCACGAUGAAGCUAUCUCCAUUCCGAUGAACAACUGUUCGUUGCUGUCUUCCCUUUACUCCUGAUUUUAGAAGGAUAUGGACAGGAAGCACACUUGUUUUAAAUAAAAUGAACUUUUGAUAAACAAACA